UUUUCAGCAUGUGAUAUCGGUAGCCCAAAUUUUGCAGGCCGACCAACUGAUAUCAGGUGUGCAUCGGCAGGUGAUCGAACCCAGGACCAUUAUCAUGGUCGGCGAGAGUCCUAACCACUGUGCCACAUGAUUAUUACACAUUCGAAUUUUUAAUUUGACCUCUGACCGGAAAUAAUUCUGGAACUUUCUCACACACACACAUUUAAUAUAAAUACACAAAUGUACAGCUGUCUAGUUGAUGACUUCGUCGAAACGAAAAUUUUCUUCACCGCAAUCGUCUUUUUAAUAAUUCCUAUGAUCCAAUAUGUAUGAAUAUUUGUGACCUUGAAAUUUCAUCAACACUGGUGGCCUAAGGUUGCUAUCCUCAAGCCGAACCUUCCAGCAUUGCUGAACCUUUGACCGUUGAAGAGAGGUUAGGGAGUGCGUCGGUUGUGAUUUGGACGAAUAACUACUGAACCACUAACGCACUACCGGAUAAUUAUUUAGAAACACUGAGAUGAUCCUGAUUGAUAUGCGACAUUAAUGAAGUUGAAUAAUCAUAAGCGUAAACAGUAGAAAUCAUUUUACACUGAAAUUUAUCAUCGUCCUCCCACGAAGAAACAUUCCAAAAAAAGCCUGUAAUCAAAAUGAAAUAUUGAUUAUUCACAAUAAAACAAAAAAAGAAAGAUUUAGCAUACAUUUUGGAGUUCAUUAAAUAAUAAUAAUAAAACUAUUUUUUAUCGAUCCAUUAAAAAAUUAUUAAUAAUUAAUUAUUUAAUUGAAUAACAAUAAUAAUAAUAAAAGGAAGAUUAUUAUAAACAUUCACUGUGAUCCGGAUUGAACAAUUUCAAGUUACAUAUAUACACAUAUACAUACAUAUAUUUUUAAAACAGAAAAAAUCAAUAAAUCAAUAAAAAGAAAAUAAUAGUAAUAAUAAUGAUUUCCCAAUAUACUCACUUUAUCCUUCCUUUCAUGUAUUCAGCUGAUCACAUUAUAACGACUAUUAAACAUUAUUGUCAACAAUAGUUCAAAUAAUAUUAAUAUUUCAUAAUUAUAGAAUGACAUUAUUAACUAUGCUUUUAUCGACGACACAUGUUACAUAAUCUGUACGCUUCAACAAAGUGCUAACUAGCAAAAGGGAAGCAAAAAAACGAAUAAUAUCAGAAAAAAUAAACUUUAAAAUUAUUGAUUAUCCAUAGAUAUUGGGAUCAACUUCAACUAUGUAAUUAGCAUCAUCAUCAAUAAUAUCAAUCAAUAAUUAAUCGAUAUUAUUAUUACAAAACAAUGAGUGAUAUUACCAAUAAUAAUACUGUUAUUGUUCAAAAUGGUACUGUUGGCUUGAGUACCGGAGCUUUGGUUGGCUUAAUCAUUGGUCUUGUGAUUAUUUGUACAAUAAUCAUUGUCGUUGUAUACUGGUGUAUACGUCUCCGACAUUUCUACUUGAGUCAAAGACACACUAAAAUGUAUGAUCCAGAUGUCAUGAUACAACCUGGUCAACCACGUCCAAGUAUUAUCAGUGGUGCAGUGCAUUUUCCAAGUACAGGUCUACCAGAAUAUCGACGUCCUUCAUCCUCUCUGUAUAAAUCUACAUCACAGAGUAAACCACCCGUGUAUCCUGGAGAUACAAAUGAUCCAGCAGAUGUCGGAAAACGUCCUCCACUUUAUCCGAAUUUAAAUCAAGAUGGAUAUCUUAAUAAUAUCAAUAAUAGUAAUAAUAAUAAUAAUAAUUUUAUAAAUGAGACUCCAUUGAAACACACUGCCUCCAUUGGUGGUGGUGGUGGUUCAGUCAAUGCUGCGGUUAAUUUAAGUCCUGUGGAAAAAAGAAAUUCAGACAGAUUUUCACAAGGGUUACAAUCACCUAGUUGGACAGAUCAUCAUUACUACAAUACGCAUCAUUUCAACUCGGAUGGAUUACCCUUCAAUUAUUCUGCCUAUCACCAGCAUCAUCAGCAUCAUCAACAAGAUCAGCCAAGCAUAGAUGAAACACACAUCAAUCAUUCAUUCCAUAUUGAUCCAUUAGGAGCAACACCGUCGUUUUCCACAGCGUCUACAGCUAAUUCUGUUGCUUCAUCGUCCGCUGGUGCCGCGGCCGCGGCCGCCGCCGCUGCUUCUGCAUUCGCUUCACGUUCCAGACUCAAGUCAAUCGCAUUCAUCUCACAGAUAAGCGCCUUCGGCUUAAAGAAUAAACGACGUUUUUCACAUUUAACACAAAAGUCAACAAAAGUGAAAGAUAAAACAACAUCAACAACAGCAAUAACAAGUAGAAGUAAUCUUCAUGGGAAAGGGAAACACUCCAGUGAUGGUCAAUCGAAUCCAUUAUCAGUGACAGAAAUUUAUGGUAAUGAAUAUGAAGGUUAUUAUAAUGCUAAUAUGCAAUCAGAUAAUUUGGAUUUCAAUACAAUGGAGUCAUUGGAUAAUGAUUACUUUCUGUAUAGUUUACAAGCAGCUAUAUUCCAUGGUCUCAUACCUUCUAGCCAAUCAAAUAAUAAUAAUAAUAACCAGUAUACUUUCCAUGAUACAGACAAAUUUCAAUUUCCCUAUACAAGAACAAGUAUUAUUCAUGAAGAGUUUGAUCCAUCAUUUGGUGAAGAUUUAGGCCUUGGCAAUAGUCGUGUCUCUUCUACCCUCAGUGCAUAUUCAUCAUCAUCGAAUAGAAAUUCAAAGACAUUUUCACCUGAUUUUAUGAAUAUAAGUAAUGCUAGUAAUGCUAGCAGUAAUAGUCGGUUUAAAUUUCCACCACCUGGUCCACCAGUGGCUGGUUGGGUUAACCAGUUUAUUUUACACACUGGUCCACCAGAAAAUACCACCAUAUUGACUACAAUACCACCGCCUCCAUCAACACGAAGUGAACGGCGAUUGUCUCAUUCACAACACCAACAACAACAACAGAAGACGUCUUCGUCACUAAUCAAUAGCCCAGUGAAUAAUUCAUCAGUUACCGUGAUUGACAUCGCUGAUUUGUCAACGAAGAUGUCUAUUACUGCUUCUGCUGCCAGUGCUGCUCUUGUUGGUACGAUGAAAUCAUCUCCAGGGAAUCGGUGUAUUUCAUCCGUACCACCUUCACCACAACACAUUCCAUUCCAGUUUGUUCAUUCUUCACGUUCACUUGGUUUAACUUCUUCAAGUAUUAUUCCACGAAGACAUGCAGCUAAGAAGUAUUCUUUUCAGGAAUCACCCAUUAUAAGUAAUACGAAAAAUUCAGUUGUACCAAAGUUAGAUUUAUUAGUAAAGUCAAAUAACUCUUCUAUUGUUCUGACUAAUACAGCGGUAAACAAUGACACUGGAUUAUUUAUGUUAUUCAAUGAGAACACUAAUACUACUAAUAUUACUAAUAAUACUACUAACAAUGACGACAACAAUCCUACCACGAAUAACAAUAACAAUAAUGAUAAUAAAAAUAGCAAUGAAGAUGACGAAAUGCCUAGCCAAUCUCAGCAGAGUCCAAGCAGCUAUACAGAUGGGAACUAUUGUGAUAGUGGUUAUCAGGAUUCAGUCAUCAUCGCUGAACAAUCUUUAUUAUCCUCCUUAUCGGCAGAGCAUUCACUCGAUUUACAAUUAUCUCCAGUAUUACUUAUAUCAGAAAAUCAAUCAACAAUCGAUUUAUUAAAUAAUAAUAAUAAUACUAAUAAUAGUAACAAUAAUAAUAAUGAUGAUCAUAAUAUUAUAACCCCUGAUGACAACAUGAUCCCACUAUCUAAAAGUACAGACACUACACUGAGAGAUCAGUUGACCGAGGACAGCACGAAUACAAAUACUGCCAAUCUGAGUAAAAGUCUUCAGUUUACUUAUUCAAAGUUAGAUACACCAAAACCUCUCCCCAUCUCAUCACCAACAUCCCCAUUGAUAUCGUCAGCAUCCUCACUAUCGAAUAAUUCAACAAGUACAAUGGCAAGUUCAACAAAUAGUAAUACUGUAAUGCUACUUCGUGAUAAUGCCGGAACUGAAGAAGGGAUGAAACAUUCUUUCACAACAUCAGAACAUACGGAAAGGAAAUGAAGAAACACUAAAGGUGGAACAGUCUUAUUUCAUCUUUUCACAAUGCAUAUGGGCCUUUCAAUCGAAAAUUAUACAAUUCAAAUAUGUCUACCGCUUUAAAUAUUCCCAAUACUAAUCACAGCCUAACCAAUCCCAGUCAACUCAGUCAACUUGGUUAUCGUUCACCCAGUGAUCCAGAUGUAUUUCUCACUUUCUGUGAAGAUUCAAUAAGAAAAUCAUCCGGUAUAAGACAACCAAUUUCCCAGGCUAAUCGACAUUUACAUCAUGGUGAGAAUCAGCCUUCAUCGACGUCACCACCACCGAUACCGAUGUCUAUGCCACAAUGCCAACCGCCAACAUCUAACAUCACUUCUACACGUGGUGGUAAUUUCGCUCCAAACGGUAUGAUGAAAUUAAUGAUGAUGAGCACUUUAUCAGAUUCAUUUAAAUAUCAUCUUACUCGACAGAAAUCAGAAGGUCAACUGCUGACAGAUCGUCAUGAUUCAUUUGAUGAAGUUCUAUGGGAUUUACAACCAACUCCUUUAUACUGAGAAGAAAUAACGCGGGUGGGGGAAUUCAAAUUAUAUUCAUCCGUUCAAACAAAAAGAUACGCAUAUAUUGAACAUUGAAUUGAAACAGUAAAACUAUUGAUUAAAGAAUAAUUGAUUAGGUGUGAGAUGAAGAUUCUAGAACAUUGAUUAAAAUAUCUAUGCAUCUAUCUAUCUAUCUAUCUAUCUAUCCCAACUGUCAUAACCUUUUUUCUAUGCUAGGGAGAAGAAAUGUCCUAUAUUUCAUUGACACUGUGAUAAAUUCCCAGAAUUCAUCAGAAUUUAUUCCCACCAGUUUUCUAAAUUAUGUUAAACCCUGUCUCUAUUAUUAAACUAACAUAUGAGGUCUAACAACAUCUGACAGUGAGGAAAUGUCAAUAAAAUUUUUUAAAAAUGAACUGAAAACCUUUUUUGUCCCGCUUCCCUUCCUCCCUUCUUUCAUUUCAUCACCGUUUGACAUUGACACUGGUUUUCAAAUUGCUCACAUUAUUCAACGAUGCAUCAUCCUGUUUUCCCGCCUAUUUCAUUGUUUCAAUGACAAUAUUGAAUAUAUAUAUAUAUAUAUAUAUAUAUAUAUAUAUAUAUAUACAUACAUAUA